CUUCCUCUGGUUUGUUGUAGAUAACGUGCUCAUUUUCCAGCUUUUCUGUCUGAGAGAGAAACAUGGCUAUAUCUACCCUUAUUCCCACCCCACCUCAAUCCAAUGGAUACCCAACUGCUUUGUUACACUCACAUAGCAAUGGGACUCCAUGCAUCUAUGGAAACUUCCUAAUACCCAUGAGAAGAAGAAAUCUCCAAAGGAUAAGAGAUGCAAAAUUCAGAGCAUGUUCUUAUCUGGACGGCUCUAUGGAAGUGGUUCAGUCAAAUGGAAACAUUCCAACUAGUCCUCUCAGUUCGGAAGAGGUUGUUAAAGCCUUCACUAGCAGUGCAAUUGAUACGUCACACACUUCAUCGCCACUGAUGCAAAGACUGGUGUUGUUAGAUUUAGACCCAGCCACAGCAAAACUGGCAAUCAGCUUUCUCGGCCCCUUCCUAUCAGCAUUUGCGUUUCUGUUCAUUUUGAGAAUAGUAAUGUCCUGGUAUCCUAAGCUUCCAGUUGGAAAGUUCCCUUAUGUCAUAGCUUAUGCACCCACAGAGCCCUUUCUUUUCGCAACACGAAAAGUGAUUCCUCCGCUAGCUGGAGUUGACGUGACACCUGUCGUUUGGUUUGGAUUAGUCAGUUUCCUUAAUGAGAUUUUACUAGGCCCUCAAGGGCUGCUUGUCCUCCUAUCUCAGAAACAGGUUUAGCUCCUGCUGCAUUUUGCAAAAGUUCUUUUCGCCUUUAGAAUUUCCCGUCACCAGUUCUUUAUUGGAAAAAAGGAGGAACAUAGAUAAAUCCUUUUGUCUUUUAGUUGCUCAAUUGCACAUACAAUCUGUAUCUAUUAGUUGACUGUUCUGUCAUGCUGUAAAGUCCAGAUGAAAAUUUCUAGGAUCCUCAUUUUGUAUAUUUGGGGUCGAUGCAACUAAUUAAAGAUUGUGGUUCAUCCAUACAAUUCUUUA